AUGUAUGCUCUACGGCGAUCGCUCAUCGCCAUUGUCGUUUUCGUUGGAUUAUACUUCGCGGCUACCGCUCUGCAUAAGCACCUCGAUCCGAACACGAGGCAGUCCGAGGAGCAAAGGGAGGACCGGCAAUGGAUUGCGACGUCGAAGUACUUCCUUGACCGCCAGUCAUGUCGAUGGUUGGGUAUCUGCGGGCUGGCACAUUACCACCCAGAUCCUGCCGCGAUCUCGUACAAGAACAGGAAGAGGGCUGGAGCUCAGGAGCCACUAGUUUUGGGCGAGGAUGAAUAUACGAAUAAGAUUGACUGGAAGGACAUUGCAGGAAACAACAAGCCAGUUCCUGGGGAUUGGGAUGGAGAUAGCAAUGUGCUUAAAGAGGUUCCCCAAUAUGUUCUGGACCAUGCGCCUCUGAUUCAUCUCUAUUCGAAAGAACAAUUCUGGCCUUCCGAUAUUGCUGAGCAUUUGAUGCAUACAAUGCCAUACAUAAACCACACGUCGAUGCAGAUGGAAAACAGCUCUCAUCAUACAGUCUACAAUUUACAUAAGCUGAACGAGAAGGCUAGUUGGAGGCACUUGUUCAUGAAAAGUAAGGAUGAUGUUGAACAACGUCCGGAAUGGCUAGGUAGUGCUUACAACAAGCCUGUCCCUUACGAAGAUGAAGAGGAAGUCGAUGAAGAUGCAGUAGAUGAGGACGAGUAUAUCGAAUUCACAGCAGAUGAUUCGGCUUCAUUCGAGCAGCAGCCUUGGUAUGACCCCUUUGGUGUGAAGGGAAACAAAAAGGCGGAUCCUAUCACCGAGAAGUCCAACAACCGAUCUCCUCGAUUGGAAUUGAGGAAGAAGAAUGCUCGAAGCCCAAUACUUUCGUCCCCUGGGGGUUACUCUCCUGCGCCUGUAACCCUAGUCAUUGUUGACAAAGGAGAUGGGAUUGUCGAUGCAUUCUGGUUUUACUUCUACAGUUAUAACCUCGGGACCACUGUUAUGAACGUCCGGUUUGGAAAUCAUGUGGGAGAUUGGGAACAUUCUUUAAUCCGGUUCUACAACGGUGUACCCAAAGCUGUAUUUUUCUCCGCUCAUUCUGGCGGCCUCGCCUACUCUUAUGACGCCGUGGAGAAGGGCGAAGGGAGAGGAAGAGAAGGCCGACCGGUUUUGUACAGCGCUUACGGCUCGCACGCAAUGUAUGCCACACCCGGCAAACACCCAUACAUCCUCCCCUUCGGCUUGCUGGCCGACGUAACAGACAAAGGUCCUCUGUGGGACCCCGCCCAAAACUAUCUAGCAUAUCACUACAAUACGUCCAUCACGCACAAUGCCGACGCGAAAUUCUUUUCAGGCAGUCUCACCAUUCAAGACAUGGCCGAUCGUCUCCAACCCGCUCUCAACAAUCCCAAAGCACCAAUGGGUUGGUGGUGGUAUGCUGGACGCUGGGGCGAUAAGUUCUACACCCUCAGGGACUUUAGACAGUGGAGGUUUGUAGGUCAGUAUCACUACGUGAACGGACCAUUUGGACCGCGAUUCAAGAACUUGGGAAGAAGCAAACCAUGUCAAUCGAGGGGUCUAUGUACGAUCUUGAAGAGCAUUGAUGCGGGAAGGAAGAAGAGUUGGUUAGGACGACGGGGUCUUGGGAAACAGGAAUGA